AUUUUUACUACAGUCUCAAGUCCAAACAUAAAGAUAGCGGAUAAAUUUGUUUAUCAUCUUCAAAACGACUUUUAAACCCGGCCUGUGAUGAUGGUGGAGCGGUGAGGAAGAUGAGGGGGAACCUUCAUCAGCUGAUGUUCGGACCCACAGAGGAAACAUCUGGAAACAUCUGGAAACGCUGCUGCAGGCUGGAGAGACGGGGGAGAGCUGUAAUGUCAGGAAGCUUCCAGAAGAUGGCAGAGUUCUGAUUGAGCGCUCAUCGUUCCGCCAUCAUGAAUUCGUUGAGGCGAGGAUUCGUCAACCUGAUGGACGGCCGCACGCCGCGCGGUGAGCGGAAUAACAACCUGGAAAAUCCUGCAACUGAUCGUGGCGCCCUGACUGGUGCUAACUCGUCUCAGCAGCUCCUUCAUGUUGAGUGUCAAGUUGCGGUUGCCGUGGCAACCAGAGUCAAAAUACACGUCUCUACAGUCGACCCUUACGACGUCAGGAAGCUCUGCAGCACUCAGAUAGUCAAGAGGUCAGAGGACGGCAAGUUUCGAGCGUCGGUUUGCUGCAGCAUCGACUCCAAGCUGCAGCGUCACAGCAAGAUGGAAGUCAGAGUUUACAGAGAGGAUGAUUUAAGGUCACAGUCCUCAAUGCAGCGAGCGAUGAUGGCCUGCGCCGACUGUUUACGUCCUCCAAGAGACGACAGCUCCCCUGCUGGACAGAGAAACUGUUUGGGUUUCACGUCGUUCUCCAUCAGAGAUCUCCUCCGGUCCAAAGAGCCUCGCUGCUCCCUGAAGCUCAGGACGAUGGACGGCGUGAACGAGGUCGGGGACGUGACGGUUUCCCGCCUGCAGCUGGAGGAAGAGACGGAGGAUAAAUGUCCAGAAAACAAGAGCGCCGUGUUGUGUGACGCGCUGCACGGCUCCGUCCAGGACAAAGAAAACAGUCCGAUGAUGCGAGCAGCGUUGUGCUCCCAGGUGUGUAAGCUGUACCGGUUUCAGACGGAGGAUCACAGGUGGCUGCUGGUCCGGGAGCAGAUGUCAGAGACGCCGCUGUCCUUCUCCUUACCCAAACAGCUGCUGAGCGCGCUCAUCAGGGAGCACACUGACAGGGUUGUGGAGGUCAAGGCGCUCGGUGACCUUUCACCUCACUGGGACGGCCUCCGCCACGACGCCGUCGCCCACUCCCUCCAGCUGAUCGGCUGCUACCAGCAAACGCAGGCGGAGCUGCACCGCCUCUCCACGGCGUCCUGCUUCAAGGCGAGCAGCAGCAAAUCGGACCGACACCUGCAGUUCAUCCCCACCAACCUGCACAGCCAGAGGAUGGAGGUGACCGGCCCCGACAGCUCAGGUGUUUGGUACGAGGUCGUCACGUUCGGUGCGCCGGCCGAUCACCACCAGGCCUUCAAACAUGGAGGACUGAAGCGGCUGCUCAUCAAGCACACAGACCACACACACAGCUCGCCGCCGUUUUCCCGUGACGAGUCGUGCAGAGCGAAGCGGCUGCUGGCCGCCGCGGCCCAGCUGCAGCCUCUGAUCUUCGGCCUGGCGGAGCAGCUCUUAUGCGUCUCCAUGGAGGUCGACCCGAACCGCCUGCAGGACGUCCUGGACGACCUCAGGGAGCAGACGUCGCUGUUCAUUCAGGCGCUGAACGACGAUCUGGUGAAAGUCGCCCUGCAGGACAUGAACAAUCAGGCCUGCAGCAGCAGCCACCUGCACAGCAACGGGUUGCUAUGUGAGGUAUCCCCCGGCGACCAGGAGGGGGCGCCGCGGCCGCAGGACGACGCACAGAACAGAGUGGAGGAGUGGGACAGAACGUGGGCGAACGUCGGUAAGAGUCUGGACUGCAUCACGGCUAUGGUGGAGCGGCUGCAGGAGCAACAGUGCCACCUGCAGGAGCAACCGUCGCCGGAGCAACAGGAGUCCACAGGGGAGACAAAGUCCCAACUCACAGCCUCUCCUUCCUCCUUCUCCUCCUCCUCCUCCUGGCAGGAGCAGCUGCUCCCCCUGGUGGUGACUCUUAGAGACUGCGUGCGGGAGGCGGUAACCACGGCCCGAGCUGCCAUGACCUUUGUUGUCCUGCAGAGGGCGGUGGCUGCGACUGUCGCUCAGGGUCCAACGCAGAUCGUCCAGCGGCGCCACGCUGUCUUCAGCCAGGGGCUCUCAGCGAUUGUUUGUGGAUUUAUGCUGAAACUGUUUGGAGGUUUGGAGGAUCCAGAGUUUCUGCAGCAGCUUCUCUCUGUGGGGAUCCUGGCCCAGUUUGAAGGCCUGCUCAGCACCUACGGUGAGGAGGUGGGGAUGCUGGAGGACAUGGAGGUGGGCGUGGCCGACCUGAGCAGCCUGGCGUUCGCCAUCACCGAGGCCAAAUCCGAGCGACCCGACGACCUGCAGCCGACGCUCACCGGAGCAUGGGGCCGUUUUGUGGUCGAGGUGCCGCUUCCCUCUGAAAGCUUCAGGUUGCUCCCUGAGGAGCUGAAGGCCGGCCGUUUGAUCCGAGUCGAGCCGGUUCUGUUCAACAUCGGGAUCAACCAGCACCAGAGUCUGGCUGAGAGGUUUGGAGACAGUUCUCUUCAGGAAAGAGUGAAUCAGCAGAGCUGUGAGCGUCUCAGAGUUUAUUGCAACAAGCUGAGAGAAAAACUUCCUAACAUGGCUGGUAUCCAGUCACUAUUAGACCUGCUGUCGUCUCUUGAUCGCAAUAUAGAGUCAAAGAAGAGGAAAAACGUGGAGGUUUUGUGGCUCGCAGCUUCAGUAUGUCGUAAAGUAAACGGCGUGCGGCUGACGAGCUGUAAGAGUGCGAAGGAUCGCACGGCGAUGUCUGUGACGCUGGAGCAGUGUACGAUCCUCAGAGAGCAACACGCACUCAGCCAGCAGCACUUCAGGUCUCGUCUGUCCUGGGGGCAGAUGCUGGGCUGCUAUGCCCACUCUGGGUUCUCUGUCUCUGGGUUCGACCCGGCAGAUUGUCCCUCCGGCCUCCAGAGCCCCUGGAUUCGGAUGUGUUUUCACUCCAGAAGACACUUUUACCCAGUGGCCUUCCUGCUGGUGACCUCUCACCUCCUGGUUCUCUGGCUCAUAUUCAGCUUGGUGAUCCUGCUGGCUAAAUACCAGUAAACAAGACUGGGAGCACUGGGAAGCAGGGGUUAUGAUGUUCUCCCAGAGACGGUUGCAGGACGGAGAACGUCCAGAAGAACAUCGGCACCAGGAAGUUCGCCUUCAGCAGCGUUCAGCUCCUCACGUUCCCCAAACUCUACAGACCUCCAGACGGCAG